AUGUGGGGUGGGUGCAUAGCUUCAGAGUGUGGCUCUACAGGCCUGCAGGUUCGCUCUGUGUGGUGUGUUCACGCUGAAGGCUGGAGCACACACCAGUCCAACUGUUACCUCUGGCAGCGCCCAGCUCUCCAGCGUGCAUGUGUGAAGAUGUGUGAGUGGCAGCGCCAGCUGUUUAAAUGGCAACCAUCUGCAUGGGGUCCUUGUUCUCCAGGUCCUCCCCUGCCUGCUGAGCAGUGUGUGAUGGCACAGCGUGGCCUGCAGAGGCGCACUGCAAUGUGUGUACUUCAGUUGAACAGCACUACUGUGAGCUCGCACAUGUGCGAAGCACUUUCUCCAACACCAGAGCUGGAGCGGGCGUGUCUGCUGCCAUGCCCGCUCGACUGUGUGGUUUCAACUUUCUCUCAUUGGUCACCUUGCAGCCGUACCUGUGCUCCUGCUCUACAGUACCGUAUACGGCAGGUGUUGGCCCCGCCUCUUUAUGGUGGAGCUGCAUGUCCGAGUCUAACGCAGGUCCGUUCUUGCAGCCAUAACACUGCCCAUUGUCCCUCCGACCAACAGAAGCACAGUUACAGCUUGUGGGCAGGACCUUGGAGUCCUUGCAGACGCAAAGGCACAAUGCCCAGUGGAAGGACCACAGUGGACUUUAGUAAUAGUCUGAGUGGACACAUAGUGGUAAAAUCAUCACAUACAGUCAAGCACCAUGCUGAGAAUAUCCAUUUUCAGCAUCAUCACCAUGUUCACCACAGAAGCCUCAAAGCAUCGUGGGAUAUUCACGUCGGCUACCAAACACGCCAAGUUCGUUGUACGAGAAGUGAUGGCAAGAAUGCCAUGCUAAGUCUUUGUGACCAUGCUGGCACCCCUAUAAACUUUCGCUCUUGCGUGAUGCCUAGAGAUUGUGACGUUUCUGGUUGGUCAGCAUGGAGUCUGUGCUCAAAAACCUGUAGGACAACAGACCAAUCACCAGGCUUUAGGAGCAGGACGCGCAGUGUGAGGACAGUUCCUAUUGAUGGAGGAGAAGAAUGUCCUGCCCUAGAAGAAGUAGAGACUUGUAACACAGUGGAAGAGUUACUUCCCCUUUGUCCCAGGUAUGAUUGGAAGGUGACGAACUGGGGUUCAUGUCAGGUGAGACCUCUUAUCAGUCAGCAGGAUCAUCGCCAUGGUAACAGCAGUUUUCUAUGUGGAGGUGGGAUCCAGACCCGGGAGGCCUACUGUGUCAGGAUAUUUGACAACACAACAAAAUCUAACAUGUCCAGACCUGUUGGGCAGAACUUCUGCUCCAAUCCUCCUCCAUCUCUGAUCCAGUUUUGUUCCAUUCCCUGUUCGAAACCUUGCCAACUCUCCCCUUGGUCACCCUGGGGACCUUGUAUCCAUGACAACAGUAUAGAUCAUCCUGGAACAAAAGGUUUCAAGUUCAGAAUGCGCUUUAUUGUUGAGGAGCCCCGGGGUGAGUCCGAGAGUUGCCCUCAUGUUAGCGAAGCGAUGACCUGUGAUCACCCCAUAAGCUUCCUGUGGCGUGUGACAUCACAAGGAUCAUGCAUGCCUCAAGAUGGAGCUUGUGGCCGUGGAGCCCAAGAGCAGACAGUGGAAUGUGUUGCUGUGACAGGAGACGUUGUUCCCACUGAGCGGUGUUCAGGGGAUCCUCCAUCACUCCAGAAGCCAUGCGAGAUGCUGUGUCCUGAUGAUUGCGUGCUGGGAGAGUGGAGCUCCUGGUCCUCCUGCUCCUACUGCUGCUCCAGGAAACAAGUGCAGGGCAAACAAAACCGUUCCCGCGUCAUUCUCGCACCUUCAGGAGAGCAGGGAAGGGGAUGCUUGCCUGCACCUGUAUUGGAGCAAUGGAGAGCCUGUGGUACCCAGAGAUACACAGUGUACCACUGGUAUACUUCUCCGUGGGGCCCCUGCACUCCAGACUCUCGCACAUACAGAAACAGCACAGAGCAGGAAGAGGUGGAGGAACGGGCCUGGGGCACUGGGAUACAGACUCGCCGUGUGUCCUGCAGGAGAGUCGAUGGUGGACAGGUGGAGCCAAACAGCUGUCCUGAAUCAACCCGUCCAGACCAGAAGCGUUCCUGUAUUCUUCCACGCAAGGUGGAUUGCAUCGUUACACCUUUUAGUGAAUGGAGUCCUUGUCCAACCUCCUGCUCACCAAUGAACACCACCAUUAGCACCCAAUCCCGACAUCGGAUCAUCAUUCAGAGGCCAGCCAGGGGUGGUCAGGAAUGUCCAGCCACACUGUUCGAGGAGAGAGAAUGUGACCUGCAACCUCUGUGUCCAACAUACAGGUGGCAGACACACCGUUGGCAUCAAUGCAUUUUGGUCCCUGAUUCAGUGAGACAGGCAGUCAGUAGCCAUAGUGAAACCUGUGGGCUUGGUCUGCAGACCAGAGCAGUGACAUGUGCUGGGAUAGACGAUGCUCCUGCAGAUAUGGCAGAGUGUGUGCGGUGGGCUGGGGUGAUGCCCGAUGCAGUGCAGCAAUGCAGGGUGGCAUGCAAAGAUGACUGCAUCUUCAGCUCCUGGAGCAAAUUCUCCCAGUGCCAGGGCUGUGGAGGCUGGCGCACUCGCACUCGUUCACUCAUUGGCCGCAGUAAGAAAUGGUGGCGCUGCCAGCAGGAGACACUAGUGGAGAGAGAAGCAUGUCCCUGCUCUAAGUAUCAUACACAAGUCCAUGGACCAUGGUCUCCAUGCCUGCUCCCUGAGCUCCACCAACCUGUGGGCUAUCCAUUUACUAAGAGGGGCUCCCAUCUGAUUCAGAGGAUCACCCAGGGCUGGCAUAUACAUGGAGAGGGCAAGGAGUGUGGGCAAGGGUGGCGCUAUAGAGCCCUGGCAUGUCUGGACCAUCUUGAGCGUCUGGUUAAUCCUGCUCUUUGCAAUAGCAGCGGUGUUGAAGAGGAAAAGUGUGUAGUGCCCUGUCCUCUCGACUGCAGGCUGAGUGAGUGGUCUGCCUGGUCCUCGUGCAGUGCCCCCUGUGGUGGGGGAGUAAAAGUGCGUGCUCGCUGGUUAAGAGAGAAGCCUUUUAAUGGAGGACGACCAUGUCCAAAACUGAACGUCAAAAAUCAGGUGUCUGAGGUAGUGCCUUGUUACUCUGAGUGCAAUCAAUAUAGUUGGGAUGCUGAGCCGUGGUCCAUGUGUGUUAUCAACCCACCCAACGUUAUGAGCAUCAUGAGCCAAACCCAGCCAUCAUGUGGAGAGGGUGUCCAGACCCGGAAAAUCAGGUGUGUGAGGAAGGAAGAGGACAGACGCAGCAGUGUGAAUGACUCUUUGUGUGGCCAGGAUGAUCGGCCAAUCACUGCUCAAGCCUGCUACCUGCCUUGCCCUGGCCAAUGCGUUACAUCAGAAUGGAGCCCGUGGAAUGAAUGCCCUAUGGGCUGUAAUGAGAAGGAAUUAAGAUGGAGGAGUAAAAGAGUACUGAGGAUGCCAGGAAGAGGACACACCUGCCCUGAGCUGAAUCAGACACAAUUCUGUACCAACACUACCUGUUUCUCAUACUCCUAUGCUUAUUCAGACUGGAGCAGUUGUCAGCUCAGUGACAAUGCAGUAUGUGGCCAAGGAACGAAGACGCGCCUGCUGAACUGCAUCGAUAGUGAUGGAAAGCUUGUGGAACUCAGCAUGUGCAAGGAGUGGGGUCCCUCACGAGGGAAGCUAUCUGCUCCAUGUGAAGUGAGCUGUCCUGUGGACUGUCUGCUGUCUGACUGGUCACUCUGGUCCGAGUGCUCACACACCUGUGGAGCGCAAAGUCAGAUGGCACGCUCCAGAUUAGUUCUACACCAGGCAGGAGAAGGUGGUAGGCCCUGUUCCUCUCAGCUCUCUCAAACAAAACCGUGUCCCAUUAGGCCCUGCUACAGCUGGAUGCUGGGAGACUGGAACUCUUGCAGGGUGGAGGGUGCGGAGUGUGGUGACGGGGUGAGAGAGAGGAAUGUGUCGUGUGUAGUGCACUGGGGUUCCAUUUCCGAGCCUCCUCAUCCCAAAGCAGUGAAGGAGGAGCACUGCGUGGAGAACGGACUAAGCAAAGCGAACGGGACAGAGUUACAUCAGCCCUGCUCCAUCCCCUGCCCAGGAGACUGUCAUCUGACCAAUUGGUCACCAUGGAGUGUGUGCCAGCUGCUUUGUCUGGACGGCCGGAGCUUUGAGAUGUUGGGGCACCAGGCUCGAUCCAGAGCUGUGAUCGUCCAGGUCCCAGAGAACAAGGCCUCCUGUCCAAGUCAAGUCUAUGAAACACGACCGUGCCAACGAGGAACCUGUCUCAGUUAUGAGUGGGUCACAGGCGAAUGGAAAGAUAAUCAGAGAGCAGUGUGGUGUCAGCGUUCUGACGGGGUUAAUGUCACUGGGGGGUGUUUCCUUCAGACUAAACCCUCCACUGUGCAUCAGUGCAAUCCACCAUGUACCAAGCCCUUCUCCUUCUGUACACAGAGUGGGAUGUGUGGCUGUGAGAAGGGCUUCACAGAGGUCAUGACUUCUAAUGGUUUCUUGGAUUACUGUAUGAGAACCCCAGGGUCAGACUAUAAGAAAGCAAAUGUGAAGAGAAGCGGGGGACGUCUGAGGCGCAUGCACAAACAGAACGAGAACAGAGCCUGGACUCUGCAGCCUCUCGGCCCAGAUGGGCGAGUCAGGCUGUGGGUGUAUGGGCUAAUGGCAGGUGGAUUCAUCAUGACCCUCCUCAUCAUCGCAAUGUCCUUUCUACUGUGCAAAAACCCAAAGGAUGAUCCAAACUCCAGCAGGACCCAAAGGGCUUUAGCACUGGCCUAUGAUGGAGAUGCAGACAUGUGACUUUUCUUCCGUUGAGACUACAACUCCAGUUUAUGCAACUCAGAGACCUCCUGAGACAAACCAAGGUCAUUCCAGCUGCAAGAGCCGUGCUGUUUCAAACCAAGCCCUGCGCGUCUACAUGUAGUGUGUGUGCUUUUGUGGUUUGAUCUUUACAGAACAAAUGUACAAUGGGCUAAAAACAGCUAGAGAACUGUCACAGGAAAAAUGAAAAAUUGAAAACGGAUUAAGUGAACUCAUUUGGGUCAAAACAGACAAAAGUCCAUUUAUGCACUAUGUUAGUGCAGUAUCAAGUUUUUGGUUUUUUUGUCUAUAUUGUAAACUUACAUGUUGGUGUUGUUGGUUAUUUUAUGACGCUGGCCCAUCACUCUUCUUGAGGCUGACUACCAUUGGAUUUUGUUUAAAUCCAGACAUUGGACUGACAUUGUGUGUGGCUUAAUUCAGUCACACGAAAAAAAUUGCCUCAUGAGGAUCAGCAACAGUUAUAUAACUAUUUUGUGAUAUGUAGGUCAUAACUGUGUCCUGAAUGGUUUGUAAAUAAAUUAAAAUCUUCCGAGAACAGAGAAUCGUGCAGACAUUUUGGUCAUAAACCUCAGUGAUGUACAGUAUCGUGAAUUGCCUAGAAUUUGUGAGCGGAUAUCAAAUCACAGGGCGACAACAAUGUGGGCCGGCUUAAGUCACCCAAACCCAGCUGCAUCCUCUGCUAAUUCAUUUUAGUCAUUUAAUCUGUCAGAUUCUAUUCUGUCUGGUCUGAAAUUAAGUGAAAUCAUCACUGACAUCUGUGCGAGCUGCCCCACAACUGAGCUGUUCUGUCAUCUUCUAUUAGUCCCAACCAGCUGAACAGGACCAAACUCAAACUUAUAUCAAGCUGAGUACAAGUAGCAUCAUAGAGUUAGUACAAUCGUUAUGACUAGCUAUGCCGGAUCAGCUACAUCGGCAGGCUGCACAAGCAUAGAAGAGACAGUAGGUGGUAAUAUAAUGCAAACUGAAAUAACUAUGGAAAUAAGUCCAUAGAAAAGCUUCAAACGUCAUCACAUCGGCUUCAGGAUCAAGGAAUGGGAACCAGAUUCUGGAUUUAUGAGCAGAGACAAUACAUUAAGUGGUCUACAUUUACUACAACAAUGGGUCAGUCUGUCCAGUUUUCAAGUCUGUAUCUGGUAAAUAAUAAACUGAUAGGUUGGCUAAAAAUAUGACUUCAUCCUUCAUCUGUAUUCUGCACACUGUUCACAUAGGGCAUCAACAGAGACAAAUAACGAGAAGCAGAGUUUUAGAUUGGGAGAGGUCUGAAUCAACUCCACUCCUCAGGUAGUUUGAUUCUCCAGCAGUGCAAAACGCACCAAUGGAGGUCUGCGAUAAGCUUUGCCCACAUACAGAUAUGAAAUUGGGUACAUUGAUUUAUGAGUUCAAGUUAAAAAGAACCUAUUGUGCUCCAAAAAGAUAAUACUGAAGCGUAUUUAGACAUUGAAUCAUUUUAUCUCUAAAUGAGUUCACCACAAGAUUAAUAAUUCACUUAUUUCCAAAAUACUUGCACUUAUCUUUCAUACA